AUGCAUGCUUGUGGUGACAAUUUCUAUGGUAGAAUGUUAUUUGAUUAUUCACAAGUGGAAAAAGAUGAACUUAUACAUCGAGCUACUCGUCAAGGUCGUGUUUUGUCGCUUGAAACUUAUCUAAAUCAAUAUCCUAUUGCAAAUAUAAAUCAACAAUAUGAAUAUGGACGAUCACGAUGGACAUUAUUAAUUGCUGCAUGUUUUUAUAAACAUGAAAAUAUAGUACGUAUGUUAUUACAUCGUUUUAAACCUGAUAUAAAUGCAGUUGGUGAUGUUAAACUUGAUUUUGUUCAUGAUAUAAUGUAUGGUGUAUCACCAUUAUGGGUUGCUGUUGCUGUUGGUCAUUUUGGUAUUGUAAAAUUAUUAGUUGAAGAAGGUAAUGCAAAUAUAAAUCAUUUAUCUGUUACACGUAGUUCACCACUUCGUGCUGCAUCUUAUAUUGGUCGUCUUGAUAUUGCACGUUAUUUAAUUUCACAUGGUGCUGAUAUACGACUUGUACGUGAUGGAAAUUAUACAAAUUUAAUGUUAAGUGCUUAUCGUGAACAUACACAUAUGGUAAAAUAUUUUCUUGAUGAAUUAUAUUGUGAUCCAAAUGAAUAUGAUCAAGAUGGUCGAACACCAUUACAUUAUGGUAUUGAUGGUGGUUCAUUUGAUGUUGUUGAAUUAUUAUUAAAACGUGGAGCAAAAAAUAUCUCUCAUAAUAUAACAAGUCCACUUUUAUGGGCUGCAUUAGAUGCAAGAGAAGAUUUAGUUGAUGCUUUUGAAAAUUAUUAUUUAUCAGAUUUAGAAUGGAUUGAAGCAAGAGAAAUACUUGGAGCAUCAUAUGCAAAUAUUGAAUCAAAAAAUUAUAAUCUUAAUAAAGCUAUUGAACAUAUAAAAAUAGCAUAUAAAUGGAGAAUAGAAAAAAAUCUUCCAAAAAUAUUUUCAUCUAUUCAAUCUAUUGAAGCAUAUAAUUAUUUUCAAGAAUGUCAAACAUUAGAAGAAUUUAAUCAAAUUUUAUCUCAAUCACAUAAUCGAUUACAUAUUGAAUCAUUACUUAUACAAGAAAGAAUAUUAGGUCAAAAAAAUAAACGUUAUCGUCAUGCUAUAAGAUUUUAUGGUGCUUUAUUAGCUGAUACACAUCAAUAUGAUACAUCAUUACGAUUGUGGUUAUAUGAACUUGAUUUACGACGACAACAUAAAAUUAAUUUUGAUAAAUGGCAUUUACGAAGUUUUGUUCAUAUGUUUGCUGAAAUGAUAAUAAAUCAUGUAGAUAUUAUAUCUGAAAAAGCUAUAUUAGAAAUUCUAAAAGCACUUAAUGAUGAACUUUCAAAUAGUCGUAAUAAUGAUCAUAAUCUAUUGACACUUUUCUAUCUUAUUACAAUUAUUAGUCAGAUAUCUGAUAAACAAAAAAUUUUGCCUUCAAUGAUGGAUAUUUAUCGAAUAUUAGUAAUGUUUGUUCGAACUUGUUAUACAACUAUUGAAAAUUCACAAUAUUGGACUCUACUUCAUUUAAGUAUGAUGACAGGUUUACCAUGUGUAAAUGAUAAUCAUAUUAUGGCACUAUGCAAAUAUCCAUGUCAUAAAACAAUUGGUCUGUUGCUUAAAUGUGGUGCUAAUGUUGAUGCAAUUGAUUCAGAAAGAAAUACUCCAUUACAUUUAAUUGCUCAACGUAAACAUGAUAUUGAAAAUGUAUUGUUUAUUAUUAAUCUUCUUUGUGAUAUUGCUGGAGCACAUCCAGAUUGUGUUAAUAAUCAAGGUCAAACACCUCUUGAAGUAGCAUCGAAUAUACAUGUUAAAGAACAUCUUCGAGAGAAAAUUGGUGUUAGUCAAUUGAAAUGUUUAUGUGCUCGAUUUAUUCGACAAAGAAAAAUAAUAUUUCAAAACUAUCGACUUCCGUUAUAUCUUGUGAAUUUUAUUGAAAAACAUUGA